AUGUCUGUAAACUGUGUUGCAGUACUGCGGCUUCCUCUCCUGCUCGUCUUCCUCUCCCUCAUCCUUCUGCUGAAUGUGCCUACGCCACAGGCAGCCUCGACGGAGAGGAUCUGGUUGGAUGAGGCAGAAGAGGGAAGACUGCAGGCAGGAGAGGAAGACGAUGCGCUGGAUGCGGUGGAUAGGCCUGAGGAGGGAGAGGAAGUGGAGGAACCGGGACGGGCAUCUAAUCCACUCGCACCAGCUGGCUGGUGGGUGCGAUUUCGUGAACGUGUCAAGCGGUUUCUGCGAGGACGUGGAUGCCGAGGUGGACGUUGUAGGGAGCCGACUAUACAUUAUCCUAUCGUCCGUAUACCCUUCUAAUCUUCCAUCGGUUUUGCUGUUAAUUUUAUACUUUCGUCCCUUGAGAACACUCCCUUUCGAAUACGGUCAUCGACCCAUUUCACAAUCUGUUGUCUGUGUUCUUUGCAGAAGUUGCAUGACCCUUGUACAAGUAGUGGUUCUCUCGGAGUCGAAGUCGUUGAUUAAAAUUUGUCAGGCGCAGUUUCAGUAAUCAGUCCGCAGUAGAUGCACGCACUUCAAGUUGUAUCAUUCUAAAGUACAGUCAGAAUGAUGAUGAUGACGAUGAUGAUGAUGAUCAUGCGUUAGAAGACGAUUUUAAACUUCUACAUGCCAGGGACCAGUGUUCGCUCCUAAAGGUGGGGAGACUUCAAGAAGGUAUCCCAGAAUCUCUAUUUGGGUCUAGUGCGGUGGUCCUUUCCUUGCCAUUAUCGCGCAUAUGCACUUCGUGACUAUAUUCUUACAUGCGAUUGCAGAGGCUGCAACCUUUGAGCGAACUUGAACCUUCUCUUGGCAGUUAUGCAAAUAUAUAAUAAAAAUGUAUUGCCAUUCCGCUGGCGAAUAAUGUUCAUACGGAUCUCAAUCUAAUUAACCUUUAAAGAAUUAAAACAACAGCGUUUUUAUGGACAGCCAAUUUGAGAAGUCAUAUUCUGAGUUGUACAUUGUCUUUGGAGCAGAAAUAGAAUUUCCAAAGCCACGAUCGGCUGUGACACCUGGCUUCACUCUACGUUUAUAACGGUGAUAGUUUGGAUUGUGCUUGCUAUGAAGAUGGCGCUAGCGUGUUUAGUGUUUUUAAUGCUUAUAAAGACGAUGAUAAGAAUAAAGAGGACGAGACGGAAGGGGAGGAGGAGGUUCAGUUCAAGAAGAAUGUCGUCGUGCCGGGCUUCGAACCAGUGAAGGCGUGA